AUGGAUUUUCCGCGAGUCUCAGUAUAUUCCUUCACCAUGAACUGCGUAAUGUUGAUCGAAUUUCUCUCCUACUUCACCUUGUUCCUAAUUGUGGGCCUUGGACUUCACCUACGUAAGUCUUUGAAACUAAAAGAUGUUUAGUUAUGAAAUGAAUUUGCAGUCUUCUGCCGGACCUACAAGUUGAUUCAUAACAAGAGGAAAGAGAGACAAGAAGCCGUGACCCGAGGCAUCAUGUACUCGGUCGUGCUCACUCCGAUGCGUCCCCAGCCCAGCAUACCGUGAAAAUCAAACCGAAACCGGCGGUUAUAAUGUUGUUCAAUAAACAUAUUAUUGGUUUUCGAGAAGUUUUGAGUUGCAAGCAUUUCAUUGAGCAUUGAUGAUUCCAGUCGUGACAAACGGAGCGUUUUUGAUUUUGAGAAAUUUUAUCAAUCAAGGCGAAGCAAAACAAAGUUAUUCGAGUGGAAAAAGGAAAGGCCUUGGUAGAUUAUUAAUCGUUACCAUGGCACUGAUCAUCUCACACUUUCUUCCGAAGUUCAGUUCUCUACUCGAUUAUAACAAAAGUUCCUGCUAGCCGAUUUCUCGUCCUCCAUCAUGAAGGAUCCGAUCCCGGCUUACUUUUUGGUUUUACUAGUUAUCUUCAUCUGGAUUUUUCUGAGUAAGUUUUGAGAGUUCGAUGCGAAACUUCAGAUUAUAUUUCAGUCAUGCGCCAUGUAGCUGAUCUCUUGAACGAACGGAGAGAAGAGACACCAGAAGUCGAGCUCACGGACUUCGUUUACCCGGUCAUGCUCACUACACUGGACUCCGAAAUCUACACGCCCUGA